GCAAAAGCUACAGUUGUAGCUGGUGUAGCUGUGCGCACGCACGCACGUAGCUAGCUAACUGGUGAUGGAGUCGAUAAUGGAGAAGCCGAUGGCGGUGGACGCCACGGGCGGCGGCGGCGGAGGGGGGACGAUCGGGCGGACCAGGUCGGACCAACUGGCGCCGUCGCAGUCGCUGAGCCGGACGGCGUCGGCGGAGACGGUGCUGAGCAACGCGGACACGACGAGCCUGUCCCGCAAGUCCAGCUUCGGGCGGAAGCGCACGGCGUCGGGCGGCGGCGGCGGCGGCGGCGGCAACAGACACAUCCGCAAGUCGCGGAGCGCGCAGCUGAAGCUGGACGUGGAGGACCUCGUCAGCAGCGGCGCCGCGCUCAGCCGCGCCUCCAGCGCCAGCCUCGGCUUCUCCUUCACCUUCACCGGCUUCACCCCGCCGCCGCAGGGGGGCAUGCACUCCGCCGACCCGACGACCUUCAGCGACGACGACAGCCCCAUGGACAUCGAGGCCGGCGCGCGGCGGCGCAAGAAGCUGAUGACGGAGCCGACCUUGCCGAUAUACCUCAAGUUCACGGAGGUGAAGUACAGGGUGGCGGCGAAGGGCUCGCCGCGGGAGAUCCUGGGCGGGAUAUCCGGGUCGGCGUCCCCCGGCGAGGUGCUGGCGCUGAUGGGCCCGUCCGGCAGCGGCAAGACGACGCUGCUGAGCAUCCUGGGCGGCAGGGCCGGCGGCGGCGCCGUGGAGGGCUGCGUCUCCUACAACGACGAGCCCUACAGCAAGUCCCUCAAGCGCAGGAUAGGGUUUGUGACUCAAGAUGAUGUUCUCUUUACCCAUCUUACUGUGAAGGAGACAUUGACCUAUGCGGCAUUACUUCGUCUCCCAAGAACAAUGACAAGGCAACAAAAGAAAGAACGGGCAAUGGACAUCAUAUAUGAGCUUGGCCUUGAAAGGUGCCAGGACACAAUGAUUGGGGGAUCUUUUGUGCGUGGGGUUUCAGGGGGUGAAAGGAAAAGAGUUUGCAUUGGAAAUGAGAUUCUGAUCAAUCCAUCUUUAUUGUUUCUUGAUGAGCCAACAUCUGGGCUGGAUUCAACUACAGCCCUAAGGAUCGUUCAACUUCUUCAUGACAUAGCUGAGGAUGGGAAGACGGUGAUCACCACAAUUCACCAACCAUCUAGCAGGCUGUUUCAUAAGUUUGACAAGCUUAUCCUCCUGGGCAAAGGAAGUUUGCUAUACUUUGGGAAGGCAUCUGAAGCCAUGCCCUACUUCCAGUCCAUUGGAUGCACCCCACUUAUCGCGAUGAACCCAGCAGAAUUUCUACUGGAUCUCGCCAAUGGCAACACUAACGAUGUUUCAGUCCCUUCAGAAUUAGAUGAUAAGGUGCAUAUGGAAAAUCACACUUUGGAGAAUAAUAAUUCCAAGAAUGACUACAGGCCAUCAGCACAAGAUGUUCAUGAGUAUUUGGUAGAUGCUUAUGAGACUCGGGUGGCUUUUAAGGAGAAGAAGAAGCUUCUAGCUCCACUUCCAAUCAGUGAUGACCUGAAAGUAACUAUAACAUCAUCGAAGCGAGAGUGGGGCACAAGCUGGUGGCAGCAAUAUUCCAUCCUCUUCUGUAGAGGGAUCAAGGAAAGACGGCAUGAUUAUUUGAGCUGGAUGAGAAUAACCCAGGUCAUAGCUACAUCAAUUAUCUUAGGUUUACUGUGGUGGCACUCUGAUCCCAGCACACUAAAAGGUCUAGAAGAUCAGGCUGGCCUACUGUUUUUCAUUGCUGUGUUUUGGGGUUUCUUUCCUGUCUUUACUGCAAUCUUCACAUUCCCUCAAGAGAGGGCAAUGUUGAACAAGGAGCGUGCAGUUGACAUGUACAAGCUCAGUGCAUACUUCUUCGCCAGAACGACAAGUGAUCUACCGCUUGACCUUUUCCUCCCUGUCAUAUUCAUGGUGAUCGUCUACUUCAUGGCAGGCCUCAAAGCAACUGCCACACAUUUCUUUCUUAGCAUGUUGACUGUCUUCCUCAGCAUAAUUGCUGCUCAGGGACUAGGAUUGGCAAUUGGAGCUACCCUGCUGGAUAUCAAGAAGGCAACAACUCUAGCUUCAGUUACAGUCAUGACGUUCAUGCUAGCAGGAGGCUUCUUUGUAAAGAGGGUUCCCCCAUUCAUCUCUUGGCUGCGCUACCUGUCCUUCAACUACCACACGUACAGGCUCCUGCUUAAGGUGCAGUACGAUCCCGUGCCGGACAUCCUGACCACCACGAAACACAUUGACAACGGCGCCACCGAGGUCGCGGCUCUCGUCGCCAUGAUCAUCGGGUACCGGGUGCUGGCGUACCUGUCGCUGAGAAGGGUCAAGGCCCAAGGCAGCUAACACAUAGCAUCACCGCGUGUGUGGAGUGUGGACUGACUGAAGCCUGAACUCCUGGAGGCUGCAAACUGCAAGGGUUUGGGUGUGUAGGGAAGUUUAUUUUAUAUUGCGCCGUAAAAAGAUGGAAUUCUUUUAGUUUUCUGUCUUUUUCAACUAAGUUCAGAGGGCCCCGAAGGCCAAAUUCGAGAAUGGAACAAGAAGAAUCUGUAGCGAGUAUCAGAGACAAGCUGUGUUGUAAUUUUUCCUUCACAACGAUUACGUGUUUUAAGUGAUCAGGAAGUUAAUUAGCAUAAGUUUAGAUAUGGGGGCAUAUUGUUAGGACAGGUACUUUAGGACAAAUCCUACUCGUACUCCCAAGCAUGCCUAACAUUAGGAGUAUGUUCAUAUCGAUGGAUGGAGACACAGACACGGAGUCACGUAACCAAAGGGUGCACUUCAGGGGGCAGACAUUCAUCCGCAUCAGGCUUGGACGGUCCCACUUCUGCAAUGUUUGUUUCUGUCGUUCUAUGCAGAAAAGAACACUGAAGUUUAUAGGAUCCAUCUUUCCAACUUGUAAAUAAAGAGCUCUUUUCUUC